AUGGGAUUUGGCCAACUUGGUGACCCUAGAUCUCACACAUGUGCAAUGUAUGCCUACGAGCUGACACUAGAUGGGCGAAGUGAUCCUUUUGGUAGUUUUUGGGCUUUAAUUACUUUAUUUCCUGUCCUUACACUUGCUGUAUACCUAACCGUAAUUGUACAGCGUCGCGACACUGUAUACUUAAAUGCGCUCGUUGGUCAAAUUAUUUGUGAAUACAUGAACGGAAAGCUUAAGAGGCACAUUCAGCAACCCAGACCUACGAAUAUAUUGGGUAUGGGCUAUGGCAUGCCCUCCUCUCACUCCCAAUUUUGUGGAUUCUUUUGUGCGUUUUGGUCACUGCAUAUCCUGUUACAUUGGCCUAAAUCUACACCAAGACUCGCUCGGAGCCUCUGGUGGGCGCGUGUGAACCAGACGUACUUGCUGUUCCUCACGAUUUUGUUCUCUGGUAUGACAUGUUAUUCGCGCCAUUAUCUUUUGUACCAUACACCAGAGCAAAUUUUUGUGGGUGCCUUUCUGGGUUUUUUGUUUGGAGUGCUGUACUAUGGUAUCACGGAGCACUUUUUCAAGCAGGAUCCGUGGAUGCGGAGCCGCUGGAUAGCGCUCCUGCGAUCCAAUGUAUGCCGCAUUCUCCGUGUAUGCGACUCGUCCUUGGGAUGCCCAGAGGGCCUAGUCGAGGCUACCUAUUCAACCUGGUACGGGGACUUGUGCCCCACAAAUAUGGGUCCCUCUGGUCUCGACGGGACGCAUCCAGCGCACAUUGCCAUGAUGCUUCGCGCGCUGCAUGAGGCAGAUCAUUGCGAUGCAGUAGGCACUGCCUUCUCUGUGGGAUCCGUUCUGGCCAUCAACGGUAUGCAGCUGGAGAAUGUGAAUGCCGAUUGGACAGGCGAGAUGGAACCGCUAGCCUUGACCACAGGAUUUUCGCGCGAGCUUCCUGGGAACACCCAUGCCGAGGAGUGUGCGAUGGAAAAGCUCUUGAGGUAUUGUGCCAAGAGGCCGGAAGCUAUCUCGGCACAGAAGCUUUCGGAGGCACGGAAACGAUCGCCGCUCUACUUGGCUCUAUACACCACCAUGGAGCCAUGCUCCGAGAGGCUUAGCGGAAAUGUGCCAUGUACGCAGCGCAUCCUCGCGUUCAACCAGCACCCACCUGUUUCUACGGCCGCUUGGCUCUCGAGACGUAUCUUGGAUAAGCAAGCAACGCCCCCACGAUCCUCGCUGGAUGACACACUCCGGCCCCUCAAAAUCGUCUUAGUCGUACAGGGUGUAAGAGAGCCAGAAGACUUCGUGCAAUGUAAAGGGACCCGAUGGCUUCGUGCGGCCGAUGUGCAUGUCACGCAAGCGAUGCCCACGGGCUCGCCGGCUGUCAUGGGCAUGGCAUGCCCGAAUCUCACGUCGAUGGCUCUACAGGUGUCGCGCGAAUCUCCGCAGACCUGGCUCGAGAAUGCAUGUCUUCGCAUGGCGCGCAAAGGGCACACACAUUAG